UGGCGGACGCACUCUAGCAAUUACUGUAUUCGUCCAUUCGUAUUGCGACCCAAAAUGGGAGAAAAAAAGAGCAUCUGGCUACGAUGGCGUUUGUUUGCACAUAAACACAACAACCGUCUUCUUUAUACUAUGAUGGGAUUGAUGUUUUCUGCGCAGAUGAUUAUGGUGUACAAGCAUCUGAAAGGAGAGAGGGUCGUACGUGAGUACACUGUAUAAGAAUUAAAAUUAAGCUUAACUUGAACUCUGAAGCAUGAUUAAAAGAAUGUUCCCAUCCCAGGAGAGGACUCCCAUAUAAAAGAGAAGGGGAUGCUUUAUAUUACAAAACAGGUUUAUUAAUACAGAUUUGUUUUGUUCAUUUGCUGGCAAAUAAAACCCACUGGGCUGCAUCAUGUACUAUUGCGGGUAAGAUUGUAAGCCAUGGCAGGAGUCAUAUAUACCUGCCAACUCUCACGCCUUAGGCAUGAGUCUCACGCCUGCGGGUUGAAAACUUCGAUCUCAUGCCGGCUCACGCCUGUGGGCCAAUUUCUCACGCCUGAUUGAAAAAUGUGAGUUGUUGCCGUCCUGCUUGACACAAUUUCCAAAAAUAUGUUAACUCAGACCCAUGUAAGGAAAGAAAACCAUGUGUAAAAUGAAUAAAUGGCAAUACCUUCCUCGCGAUCUCUGAUUUUUGAAGUGAAAAGCACUGGGAGCGAGCUCGCCUUUGGCAGACUUCGGCAGACUUCGGACGUCUUCGGAAGACUUCGGACUUCUUCGGGAAUCUUCGGAAAUGAUCGUGUCUUCUUCAAAAAUCCCAGCACUCCCAGGAUAAAAAUCUCACGCUUAUAUCUCAGAAAAAGUUGGCAGGUAUAGUCAUAUGGUUCCUGGAAAAUCCUGGAUUGUCCUAAAACUCCUAUUGUACCAUUUUCCAGGAUUGCAAAUUCCUGGAAAGUGAUUAAGCAGUAGCAAGUUUGAUGUCAAACCACUUGAAUUGUGUUCUUGCAUUCCAUCUUGUAAGUGAAAGAUCUUAACGUUGAUAACAUUUCGAUAAAAUUAUUCACUAGAAUGUCUUACUCACAUAAUCACAGGGUUCACACACAAAACUAAAAAAGGACGCAUGCUUCUUUGAGCUGAAGAGCCCCAGGGAUUGACAACUGGUUACUAUUGAUACAUCAGCCAUGGAUCACCAUCAGUUGGGAAAUGAACAUCUCACAGCUGCGCAAAUCAAUAAAGAAGAUCUAACGAAAAGUUCAUGUGACAUGUGGAAGAAAAAUAAAUAAUACGGCUUUGAAAGCUUAAGUAAGAACGGCUCUGUUUAUAUUAAAGGAAGUAAUUAUUGUAGACAGCAAAUUCUCCCCUCCCACUCUUGUAAUCACAUACACAUAAAGAAGGCCUUGGGACUGACCCUCAAUUUCCUUGGACUGGAGGUCCUUAAGACCCCUAACUGUUAAAAUGAGUGGAGCUCUGAAUAAAGCUCCACAUUCAGUCAUAAAUGUCGUCAGUGUGGCAAGAUUGUUCAUGAGACAGAAAUAUAAUUAGGUAUUUAAAAUAAAUGAAAUGGAAAGAGUUGAUAAAAUUUCUGUUGCAGUUACCAAGGAGGAGUUAUUUGAGAAAGGCCCAGUUGUUAUAAAGAUGGAAGAAUAUCUCAAAGCAGCUGCACGCUGGCCUGUAAGUUUUGUUAGGGGGAUGGAGGGGUGCUACAUGUAGCUAGCAAAAGGUGGGGCAAGGACCAAAAUAAAUUAGUAGCUAUAUACCUGGCAAGUGUCCUGAUCAUUCUUUCUGAAUUUUCUGGAUCCACCCCCCCCCCCCCUGAGGAACUUGCCUCAUCUAGAUUACAGUCCAAAUAAAUAAAUAACAUUGGUUUAUGAACAGACACAAAUUGACAGCAAAAGGUGAAUUACAUUGUAUUUAUGAAUUGAUUAGCUGAAAAAUAUAUUAAUAAAAUGAAAAUUAUUGUCAUUUUGGGACUGGGAUUAUAACAUUUAUAAGCCAUUUUAAAAUUCCUCACCAAAAUGUAUCAGCUCAGGGUUCUUUAAGGCUUUGCUCUAAGGAAAAUUGAAGGGAGCCCAGUGCUCUGAAACUGUAUCUAGAGUGCCCAGCAUAUGAUUUGUAUGAAAAAUCUGCGAUUUUCUAGUCGCCUGAGGGUGAAAGUUAAGCGCCAGGGGCCACCAGGCUCUGCUAGAGCACAGUCCUGAUUCUUAAGAGUCAGUUUAUGGUAUAUUAAAGGCAUUUUAUUUUAAUGAAUAUUGGCUUCUUUUAAUUUGCAGAUCUUAAAAACAAAGAGAAAAGAUCCAUUUAAGGAGGACGAAGACCAGUAGUCUCAAUGGAUGCUUAGCAGCUAAAAACAAAAACAGUAAAGCUGAGUUGUAUAGAACAUUAAUUUUAUGACAUACAGGACUGAGGACAUUUUUAUAGCCAUGGUGCUCAUGACAGGAAUUCUUAUAUGGCAUCAGAGAGUUGUCAACAUCAGAAAUAAGACAGUGAAACCCAGUGAAUGAAACAUGGACAUUAUGUUUACCUCGUGGCUACUGGGCAGUCACCUUUAUUGGUGAUUGUGAAGAAAGUUGACUUUAUGAGCCAUUGUAUAAUGUUUCAGUAGUAGCUGGAGACUUGUUCAAGAAACCAUACCCUUGUAUUGGAGCAGCUUUUAAAAAUUUACAUCAGUUAACUGGAUUUUUAUAAUGA